AUGAACUCCAUUCUUCAAUUAUUGGGUGAUACUUUUGGAAAGAUAGUUGUGAGUAGUGUUGAGCUUGAAUCCUUAUUGAAAGCUCAUGAGUCUCGAAUGGAGACUCUGAUUGUAGAUAUUGAUAAAAGAAAUGAUGAGAUAAUGGUCACUAAGUCUCGUACUUUUAACUAUGAGAUUUCUAAGUUAUGUGAUGUUACAGAGGAGCGUCAUGAACUCUUUAACAAGCACGUGUCUGAAACGAAAGCUUCUCUUAAGCUAAAGGUCAAGACUGAGAAGGAUGAUAAAGUGUUUAAAAAUAUUGAACGAUUUCUUUAUGAGUUUAAAGAGACUUUUUCAAAAGUUGAUCUUUCGUCUCAAUCUUCUAUCACUCCAAAAUCUAUUUCCUCAGUUGUUUCAAAUAUUGAGUCGAGUUUCAAAACAGAGUUGGAUCCAAUAUUAAACCUAGUUCUCCUCUUACCAAUAAAUGUUCCACAUUUUGCAUACGUCUCGUAA